GCUGAACCUAAUACAGCGACGGUACGUACGCCUACAUUACGUUGCACGAGAGGGGUACGUGUCUGCUGCGUGAUGCUCUUAUGUCCAUCCAUGUGUUGUUAUGGCUAAUCGGACACCGCUCUCACGUGACAACCCCAGCGGAAAUACUACAACCAACAUCUCCAGAAAUGCCAACGCUUUGGGAUUUGACUUCCUUAAUGACAACGGAUUUCGAGACAUGUGGCAGAAAACUUCGGACAGUCACUCAGCUCAGACGAAAGGAUUGCCGUUGGCUCAGCUGGAUGAUAACGGUGAGGGCCACUAUUCUUCACUGGAGUCUGAGGAGCCUGAUGCUCACCGACAGAGCCAUACACACGACUACGAAACGCCAUUGCAAGAGGUUACUGGCGACCGGACUCUGCCUAGAGAUUCAACUGAAACUCCUGCUGAGGGAUCAAGGAAACUCACAGUAAAUCCAAGCGACAUUCCAAGCGUGCACAAAGAUUUGAAUGGAACAGAAGGCACGAAGUCAGAGAGUAUCUUUAAUGAGGAUACUAGCAGUAGUACAGCCGUAAAGUCUUACAGCCGUUUAACUCUACCCCAUGAGAAUGGGUCCAAAAUACCUAGCGAUCAAAUGGUUGACACUUUCUCAGAAAGGCGUUCGAAAAUGUUGACAAACAUUUAUCGUAACUUACCGACAAGGUUGGAGAAACGAACAGUAAACGUCACAACUGAGAAUUUCUCUAAUCGUUCAGAGGUAUCGGCGAAAGGCGUGUUUGGAAUGGUUGGUGACCAGCCAAAGUAUCUUUCAGCUGAAAUUUAUAACCCAUAUCCCCGUGUAGCAACAGAAAAUGCGUAUAUUAUAUUACGUGACAUUGUCAGUAAUCCUACAGAAGCAACCACUACGCAGUCACAUUCGUCAUCCGGAAAUUCUACCGAAAUAUCAAGUGUUCAGAAUGCCAGAGACAUAAGCGAAGAUUAUUCCUCAAGCUCGUGUGAACAUUCAAGUGAAGAAGGGAAUGGACAUUCGGAGACAUCAACAACAAAGGCAUUUAGCUCAUCAACUGGAAAAGGCCCCACACGUACAACGGAACAGCUGUUUACUAACAGGACUGGAAAGUGGAAUGACACGACUAGAAUUCCAUCUAGGCCCACAAGGGAUCAUUCAGGUAGUAAAGGCCGCCCAAUGGAAACCUCAAAGCUAAACUCGUCCAGAAAAGCGGGUGACACUGCCCAGUUUAGUUCUGUAACAACUGAGACCGUAUCAAUUAGACAGGCGAACAAGAGGUCAUCGCAGCGGAACACCAAAUUUCCAAGUGUUCGUGCAAUCAGUAGUUCGACCGAAAAUGUGUCGAGAAAUCCAGGUGGACAGUUGAUAAGCAUUACAGUUCAAAACUCAGCGCAGUCUUCAAGCAUUUCAACUGAAAGUGCAUCUAAAACUUCAUCGGAUUCAACCAGAAAUAACUUUAACACAUUAUUCGAAGGGACAACUAGAUCUGCAGGCGGCGAUGGGUUGAAGAAGAAUUUUCCAGUAGAUUCCCUCCACUUUUUGCCGCUGGAACACGAACCCCGGAUAUAUCUGGCGGCACCAUCAGGCGUGCAAGUAACCAGGGUAACAGCUGUAGAUCCACGCAACCCGGAGUACGCGAUUAAAUACUCACUGGAUCCGGAUAAAUAUGACAGCCAGUUCUUCCAGAUUCACGCAGAAUCGGGCAACAUUACCACGAAGAGGUACAUCGCAAAGAACUCAGGAGAGGCCUACAACUUGACUGUUGUAGCUACAUCCGGCAGAGAUGUAAGUGCGGCCAUGGACGUGGUUAUUCGUGUUGCAGAGUACAAUCGCUACGCUCCUGAGUUCGAGACCAUGAACUACACGGUUGAGCUUGAUGUUCUGACACAGGUCCCCACUGACAUUCUAACUGUGAGGGCCGUAGACAGAGACACACAACAAUACAACUCAGAGGUGUACUACAGUGUGAAGACUCCACAGGAUGUGGUAACAGUGAAUCAGUCCUCUGGGGUUGUGACACUCCAUAAACGUUUGUCUAAAAAGUACAAACAACUGGCAUUUACCAUCUCUGCAAAGGAUGGGGGUUCACCUCAGCGUAGUGGCAGAACAAAACUUACCAUCACAAUCAAAAUACUGUCAGCUCCGAGAGAUGUGACAGUUGCUGGAACAGGUGACAGAUGGUGUAUGCUCUGCUGGAAGAGUCCACUUAGUGGGCUUCCACUCGGCUACUUAAUAUUGUUGCAUAACAACGUAAGCUCACUUUUUCGAAAUGUGAGUGUUAGUGAGCUGGGCAAGAAGAACAACAUGUUUUGUACUGCAGUAAGUGAUUUAAUCAAGGGGACAGACUACAGUGUCCAGGUAGCUGGCUGGAAUAGGGAUGAAGUGGGCAUCACCAGUGCCCCUAUACCAUUCAAUACGCGAGUAAAUCGGAGCUGUCACAGUAUCAACUCCACUGACUACACUUGCACUUGCCUCAUGGGCUUCUACGGUGAUGACUGCUCCUUCUUCAAUCCUUGCAACAGCACAGAGCCACCAUGCCAGAAUGGGGGUUUAUGCAAAAGUAAUGAGAGUUACAUGUUUACAUGUGACUGCCCUGAGGGAUACUAUGGCUCCUUGUGUGAACACUUCAAUCCCUGUUCAAGAUCCCCAUGUCAGCACAAUUCCACAUGUACAAACAUCACAACUUCAAAGUACAAGUGCCUUUGUAAACCAGGAUAUACAGGAAAUUUGUGUGAGGUCAACAUAAAUGAAUGUGAGCCUUAUCCAUGUCAAAACAUUGCUACUUGCAUUGAUGGACUGAACAACUUUACGUGUGUGUGUGCACCUGGAUUUGAAGGCAAUGUGUGUGAGUACAAUGUUGAUGAAUGUAAGGAAGAUCCUUGUCAGAAUGGAGGAACAUGUAUUGAUGAAGUAGGAUCAUACUAUUGUAAGUGUCUUCCAGGAUAUGAAGGUUUUCACUGUGAAACCAAUAUUGAUGACUGUCAGACAAAUCAGUGUGAAAAUAACGGAACCUGUGUGGAUGGCCUUGAAGAUUAUUACUGUAACUGUCAGGCUGGGUUUGAAGGUGAUUACUGUGAAGAUGAAAUCAAUGAAUGCAUGGCACGUCCUUGCCUCAAUGGAGGAACCUGCUCUGAUGCAUUCAAUGAUUUUUCCUGUGAAUGUCCACCUGGAUACAAUGGAAAACGCUGCGAGUGGGAUGUGGAUCUAUGUCAGUCCCAACCAUGUCAAAACAAUGGAGAAUGUGUUGACUUAAUUGAUCACACUGAGUGCAGAUGUCAUCAAGGUUAUCAUGGACAGUUCUGUGAAAUGAAAGAACAAUGUCCAGGUGAGUUGUUGAGGACAGAUAGGGGAAAAUUCCUGUGGGAGCCAGUGCCACAUGGUAUGGUGUCCACAUUACCUUGUCCAUAUGGAAUGAGUACAAAUUACACAGAGCACCUGGAGCAGCUGGCUCAUGAUUCUACUUUGGAGUUGAAAUAUGCAGAUACAAUUGAAAAUUCAGAAUCUGCGAGGCUCUUCAAGAAUCCAGACAAAGGGAAUGGAGAUCAUGUGAAGUCCCUGUCAUCAGUGGGUCUCAGAGCUGAUCCAGUUAAACUCCACGCUCAUCUCAAAGAUAUCGAGUACAAGCAGGCUCAUGAGAUGUCAGUCAGCAAUCAGCAGAAAGACAGGGAGCUGAAACUUCGCAUUGAUGAAAAAGGACAACCCUUUGCAGUGAGAAGCUGCAUUCGUCACAAGGAUGGCUCUGUGAAGUGGAGUAACAUGGAUGAGAGCAUCUGUAGGGAUGAACAUUCAACAAAUGCUGAGCAGUUGAGCUUGGAGUUGCAGCAACUCACUAAAGAUCCACCUCAGAUUAGUGUUCAGGUCUUCUUAAAUGCAAGCAGUCAGAUAAAGCAGAUACUGCAUUAUGCUUUGGUUGAUAGAAAGAUUGCACGCAUUAUGUUCUCUGUGAUAAGCAACAUGAUGGCUGUCAAUGACACAGUACUUGAAGAAGCAGACAAGCAUGGAAGUAUAACAAAGAGUUUGGUUCAACUGAUUGACACAUAUCUCACUGCAGCCCAGCUGCCAUCUAGUCGGAGACUUGUAAUAAAUUCUGACAACUUGGCAAUGGAAGCAAGGGAGGUCUUCCCUGAUGAAUUCAGAGCCAUUCAAGAUGGUCUGUCAUAUUCACCACCAGAAACCAUGAACAUGGAUUCAGGAUUGGUCAGUGAAACUGGCGAAAUAACUCAGGGUAUUUUUAUCAGCAUACCAAGAGAGGCACUUGAUAGAGCUUUAAGGCAGUUACGUAGCGUCAGAGUCCAGUUUGUUUCAUACAAGAACAGCAAGUUCUUCAGACCAAAUAACAUUACUUCAAGUUCCAUCAUCAGUAAAAGACAAGGAGUAAUUUCAGCUGCCCUCUCCAACAUUACCAUCACCAAUCUGACAGAACUACUAGUAUAUAACUUCCAUAACAUCUACAGAAAUGCAAAGCAAAUAUGUGUAUACUGGAAUACAGAAAGUCAGGAGUGGUUGGAUGAUGGGAUAUUGACAAACCAGAGCAUGGACUUCAUCCAGUGUGAAUCGAUGCACAUGACAGCAUUCUCAGUGCUUCUGGAUCCAAGCGUAGGAAUGCCGAUACCAGACAAACACAAACCUGUCCUGAGUAUCAUCAGUUACAUUGGCUCAGUAUGCAGUAUUUUUGGCCUGUUCCUAACAAUCCUUACAUAUUCAAUAUUCAGGUGUCUGAACCGCGAUCGCUCCGGGAAGAUUCUUCUCAAUCUCUGCAUAUCACUGCUUCUGAUGAAUCUGGCUUUCCUACUGGUGGCGAUAGAGGAGUAUAUGGACAGCAGUUUGUUGAUUGUUGUGGAUGUGUGUACUGGUGUCGCUGUACUCACCCACUAUCUGGUUCUUACAUCUCUUAUGUGGAUGCUGGUUGAGGCAAUCAACAUGUACCAACUCCUCAUCACAGUCUUUGCUACGUCAGAAACCAAGUUUAUGUGCAAAAGGAUGCUUUGUGCUUGGGGAAUACCACUUCUCAUCGUGGGAGGGGCAGCUAUUUACGAUAUGCAGUACUACAGUUCAACGGAUUCAGAGUACUGCAUGGUUUCGCCUUCAAAACCGAUUCUCUAUUAUGUCACAUAUCUAGGACCAUCAUGCCUCAUUUUGGCUGUUAACUGCAUUGUCUUCAUCCUUGUCAGCAAAGUUCUGUUUCAGAGGCGUGGUCAUGGCCAUGCUGUUGGUAAAGUUGGACUAAAUACAGAUAUUCCUACCAUAACUGUGGCUCAGAUACGUGGAGCAUUCACUGUGAUGACACUUCUGGGUGUCACUUGGGUGUUUGGAGCCCUAGCACUGGGAGAAACAAGACUGGUGUUUCAGUAUAUCUUUUGCAUUUCCAACUCACUACAAGGCUUCAUCAUUUUUAUGGUUCGGUGUGUGCAGUAUCCUGAAGCUCGCAUGGCAUGGCUUACAUUUCUGCACACAGGAAAGCUUAAGAAGCACCGUGGUCCUCAAGGACAUGGAUUGCCUUCAUCCUCGGCUGGGAACUCGCAUUCUAGGCACACUAUUUCAUCAAGCACCCAAUCACAGUCACAACUACAAGGAACAGCCCACCUCCGGUCUCAGAGUCAGAGUCAUAUACAGUCCAGACUCCGCUCUUCACAUACGGGAACACCCCGUAAAACAAGCCUGCCAGAAUCAAGCAGUUACAUGAGCAACAGCAGUGGCUCAGGACAGGGUUCCCUCUGGAAUCGUUUCCGUCAACACGACUCCUACCAUAAGACAGAUACUCAUGUCCGCUCCAAUUGGAGUUUUCGAAGCAUUUUUGGAUCUGCACAUAUUCCUGAUAGCAAACAAAAGCCAAAUUCCAAUUCCCAAAAUGAGUCAGAAAAAGGAGAAAAAAAGCUAGAAGGCAUGAUGGAUGGAGUCUUCAGUCAUGCUAUCCCUCUCUCAGACACUUUGACAAGGGAGUUAAAGCAAUCUGCGGAAGAGAGAUCUUCAGAUUUACAUCUGUCUCAGCCUGUAUGCUGUGACCCAGGAGUAGCUCAGCCUUCAGAAACUGAUGGGGUCUCUGGUGACUUGAAGCAAGGGGACACCAUUAGAUGCAGAGCAUCACAGGAGCAAGAGAAGCACACGUGUGGCAGCCAACAGUCUCUUACUGCAAAGGAAGGAGAAGAUACUUCAUGGCAGUUCAUGAGAGCUCCACCAGAUGGAAUGUCAGAAUCAAAGGCAACAGCAGUUGCAGAGAGUCACACCACAAGCCACAGCCAUUCUGAUCAGGGGUACAUGUCUGGCGCAUGUACUGCUGAACAUUCCCCCGAAAGCCCUCGUCAAGAACCCAAACAAUCUCUUUCUUGUACAGUUGUAUCACCCAUUCAACCUGAUACCUGUCACCAUGACCAACGCCUUACAGUGUCAACGCCUGAUCACCUUUAUCCUGACCCAAAAGAGGAAACAGUGGAUGGAUAUCAUAACAAUAUGCUAACCAAGAGUGACAGUGAUAUCACUAUCUUGUUACCAAAACAAGAUGAUGACAGUAGGAGCCCAGCCAAAUAUGUUGCCAUUAAGGACGACAUGGUUUACACUAACAGUCUUAUGGCACAACCAAGUCUGGUGUAUGAAAAGCAUACAGUUUCUUCAGGCAUCCAACAUUCAGGAGCAGGAGGUGAUCUUAUCAUGGAAAGUGGCCUGUACAGUGGAGGAACCAACAGAGAGAGACAGGAACUACAUUGCAUGGACCAUCCACCACAACCUCGGCCUGGCUACAGUUCUCGCAGGAGCUCAAGCACCAAAAGUUACUCCUCCUCAGAAGGCAAUAAUGCUGGUAGUAGCAGCAGUGGCAGUUUGCACUCUGAAAGCAAUUCACUAGAGAUGGCACCACGAACCAUGCAGCUAUCAGCGCACCGCCGACCCAUUCACCUUCAUCGUCACACCAAGAGAAUACGCUGUGAGGAAGUUCUGUAAUUAAUCAAACACAAUUUUCAGGAGAUGCAACAGAGUGGAAUUUAACCAAAUAUGAACUGCCAAAAUAUAAAUGGACUCAGUGUGCCAUAGUUACAAUUGCUGACGAUGCUCUUUGGCAAGCCUGUAAGUCGUCGGUUUCCUAUUUACAUAAUAGGAUCAAUAUUAUAUGUGUUAGUAAUUUUUUGAAUGUAGAACUUCAUCAAAAUUUGUUGUAGUAUUAUUUUAAUAAUUCCAUAUUUGUGACACUUUCCAUAUUAUGAAGAAUUGUUUGUACAGCAGAUUGUUUAUAUGCAAGCAAAGGGACCACAGCAAUGAAAGUACAUAGAAAGUAAAGAGAAAGAAUAUAAAUUAUCCUCUGCUUCCACUUUUUACUUUAAUAUAUUACCAAACUGUUCUUAUAUAUAUAUUUCCUUAAAAUUCAUUACCAUCAACACUAGUUGACUUGUAAGACAUUAUUGCCGAUUUUGAUAUUGUAACGUGUUUCGUUACUGAAGACGCCGUUCGGAUU